UCGCUUCAAUUCGUUGUGAAGUGCGCGUGUGUGUUUCUUCUUUCUCUCUCUUCUCGUUGGUGCACGCGGUUUGUAGUGUAUAUAACUGUGUUCAGUGUUUCAGCACGUGGAUAUUAUCAGCCGAUGGAGGAAGGAUGUUCGUUUGAAUAAUCUGGAACUACCUUGAACGGAUUUAAAAAGGAAAGAAACUCGCGAGCAAAUAGUAAAAUUUUCUUUAAAACGAAAGAUGUUUCAAUCAAUUUUCAAGACGAGUCAAACAAGUUUUUCUCGUGUUUCCUGUUAACAACGUCAGUCAAGUUAAGUUUGAUAUCAAUCAAGAUAUAGACGGAAACGUAAAUUGAAGUAAGAAUGAACGAGUAACGGAAAAUUUGACGAAUGGCAGAGUUGAGCCGUAUUAUAGUUAAGAAGGAGGACUAAGCUUCUCGAACAUUGUCCUCGAUCAGCGGUGGCGAUGUACGAAAAGAGCUCCUUCAUUGAAAGAGUUGCUAGAGAAAGGCACUAUAAAUAGUCUUACGUGGGCUAUUAUGACGGAAUACUUGGAUCCACAUUUCAUCCGGGCUCUUUGCCGCGAUCCAGAAAGACGAAAUCUUCAGGACUUACAGAUCAUAUAUUAUGGACUACUGGGACUUGAAGCAUUACGUCCAUGCAGAGACUCUAUUCUGCGCGGUUUAUGUAAAAUUGUACGGUACGAAAGACAUAAUGCGAACCAUGUCUUGUAUUACACCGGCGAAUUGGCAACCAGCUGGUACAUACUCCUCUCAGGUUCUGUGUUUAUCGAUGGAUCCAUGUACCUGCCCUGUUCCAGCUUUGGAAAGCGAACGGGCAGUGCCAGGAGACCCAACGAAUGUUUCGUCUUGGAACCCUCCGAGAUGAUCGUCAUCGAUUAUCCAGAAGUACAUGGAGGAGGAAGGAUGCAUCGGCCACCGCAUCCGCAUCCCAUAACAGACCAUCGUCAGGUCAACCUGGUCUUCGACGAUACGUUUUCACAAGGCCUGACAGGUAGACCGGAGCUGUAUCAAAAAUCUAAUAGGAGUAGUCAUUCGAGUGAUACAAGUUCUGCGUACAGUGGCUCGGACACAAUGACUUCUGUACAAAGUUCUUUGGAUGCGGAUGCAGAUGAGGUUGAUCUUUCUGGCCUUGUCGAGUCUAUAGUGGACAGCGAUGAGGAGGAAGAUCUUGCUGAAAGUAUGGAUAGUUUGAAUGUUCGGGAUGCUGUAAGAGAGUGCCUGGAAAAAGAUCCUGUGGAAAGAUCGGAAGAAGAUAUAGAGACACUUUUAGAAUUUACACAACAACUGAAGGCCUUCACCAAUAUGACAUUGGCUGUAAGAAGAGCGCUGUGCGCAGUAAUGGUAUUUGCAGUAGUUGAACGGGCUGGAAUGGUUGUUCUAAAUGAUGGAGAAGAAUUGGAUAGCUGGAGUGUACUUAUCAAUGGUACGGUUGAAAUUGAACACAGUAAUGGGGAGGUCGAGCAGCUUCAUCUUGGAGAUAGUUUUGGGAUCUUGCCUACCAUGGAUCGACUUCUGCAUCAAGGUGUUAUGAGGACAAAAUGCGACGACUGCCAAUUUGUGUGUGUCACACAAGCAGAUUAUUUUAGAAUUCAGCAUCAGGGUGAAGAAAAUACGAGAAGACACGAAGAGAAUGGUAGGGUGACGUUAGUUACGGAAUUAAGAGGCGCCUUGGAUGGGGGUGUGCGCAGGGGUCAUGUUGUGAUUAGAGCAACUCCAGAGCGUUUAAUGCUACAACUUAUUGAAGAAAACAGUAUUACAGAUCCCACUUACGUGGAAGAUUUUUUAUUAACUCAUCGAACUUUUAUCAAUAGCCCUUUAUUAGUUGCAAAUCAAUUAUUAGAGUGGUUUAAUCAAGCUCAGGUCAGAGACCGUGUUGCACGUGUUGUAUUACUUUGGGUAAAUAAUCAUUUUACGGAUUUUGAAACGGAUCCAGCUAUGAUGGAAUUUUUAGAAGAUUUUGAGACUGGGUUAGAAAGAGAAAAAAUGCAGGGUCAACAGAGGUUAUUAAACAUAGCCUGUGCGGCAAAAGCAAGAACGCGAAACGUAACGUUAGCAAGGCCUAGCAGAGACGAAAUUCUCCAUUUUAGCAUUUUAGGCGGUUACGAGAGAGGUUUUGGAAUUUUUAUUUCAAAAGUUGAUAAGAGAUCGAAGGCUGAGGAUGUUGGUUUGAAACGUGGUGAUCAAAUUUUGGAAGUCAACGGACAAAGCUUCGAACAUGUUAAUCAUGCCAAAGCAUUGGAAAUUCUAAGAGGUUCCACUCAUCUCAGUAUCACCGUCAAAUCUAAUCUUCUCGCUUUUAAAGAAAUGCUACAAAUGCCCGACAAUUCUCCAAGGCCAAGAGGAAGGGCAAAUAAGCCAGAAAUUCCAAGACUUCAAUCUGAUCCACGUGCAAGACUCUCUACUCACGUUGAUCCUAUAACUCCAGUAAAUCCUUUAAAUCCUUUAGUAGGAGGCAUGCAUCUCUUGAUUCCGGAUAGUAACGUUUCUCCUUGCAAAGAUGCCAAAAAGGAACAUAAAGGAUUUAUGACUCUUGGACCUAAAAGGAGGUUACAAAAAGCACUUAUGAAAAUGAACAUACUGCCAAAGAAUACAAUCAACGAUGGUGUGCACUUAGAUGAUCCUCUCGCUCCACCACACACACCGCCAGGAACGUGCGGCUCGCAAACCACAACUAAUCUUUAUCACUCGAAAAGUAAUCCCGAUCUUACAUCAUUGUACUGUUACGACGAUCUUAGAGCACCGGAUUAUCCGGAACACGUAUUAAAGGUUUACAAGGCUGAUCAAACUUGUAAAUAUCUUCUCAUUCAUAAAGAAACAACGGCGCACGAGGUGGUGAUGCUCGCAUUACAAGAGUUUGGUAUCACUGAAAGUAGUUCGAAUUUCUCUUUAGCGGAAGUGAGUGUUGGCGAGGGUGGUAUGAUAAAGCAGCGUAGAUUACCAGAACAAUUGCAAAAUCUAGCUGAAAGAAUUGGUUUAAGUUCGCGUUAUUAUUUAAAGACUAAUGGUAUAUCCGAAACUUUGGUAGCGGAUGAACAAGCGCCGGAACUUAUCCGUGAAUCUCAAGUACAUUUUCUACAAUUAAAUGCCGUGGAGGUAGCUAUCCAGUUAACUCUACAGGAUUUUAGUAUAUUUAGACAAAUUGAAUCUACAGAAUAUGUGGACGACUUAUUUGAAUUAAAGAGCAGGUACGGAAUACCAAUGCUCAGUCAAUUCGCGGAGCUAGUCAAUAGAGAAAUGUUUUGGGUCGUUACGGAAGUGUGUUCCGAGCAUAAUCUUGUGCGUCGUAGCAAGAUUAUUAAACAGUUUAUAAAAAUAGCUCGUCAAUGCAAAGAAUGUAAAAAUUUUAAUUCAAUGUUCGCAAUUGUAUCUGGUCUGGGUCAUGGUGCAGUGUCAAGGUUGAGAGCAUCUUGGGAAAAACUGCCAAGUAAAUAUCAGAGAUUAUUUAGUGAUUUACAGGAGUUAAUGGAUCCUAGUCGUAACAUGAGUAAAUAUCGUCAACUAGUAGCAUCCGAACAAACGCAACCACCAAUCAUACCCUUCUAUCCCGUAGUCAAAAAAGAUUUGACUUUUAUUCAUCUGGGUAACGAUUCCAGAGUAGAAAGCUUAGUGAAUUUCGAAAAGCUUAGAAUGAUCGCAAAGGAGGUUCGAACUUUGACGAAUAUGUGUUCGUCUCCGUACGAUUUGUUGACUAUGUUGGAAAGAGGUGGCCAGCCACCGAGUUCCGCUAUGGUAGCUUUGAAUCAAAUGACAACGGGUAAUCAAGGUGGUCAAACGGCAACGGUGAAACGACGUAAGAAAUCGGCCGCUGCACCGAAUCCGAAAAAAAUGUUCGAAGAAGCACAAAUGGUUAGAAGAGUAAAGGCGUAUCUUGCGAACAUGAAAGUAAUUACUGACGAGGAACGAUUGCACGGUCUUUCCGUCGAUUGCGAACCUCAUGCUGGUGCUGUAGCAAUGGCUGCGGCGGUACCACUCACUGGAAGCCGAGGGAGAAGGCAUCCUUCUCCUACGCUUUCAACGACGAGUAGUGCCAGCAGCACAAGCGAGGGAAGAAAGAGUAUACAAGGUACAAAGUUCGGAGCUGCCUCACCCCAGGCAGUAAGAAAAAUGUUGGCUCUUUCAGAUCCUCACAAAACUCGACCGUACCAACCUAAACAUUGUCCACCACCCCUCCCAGUACCUGGAUUGGCAUUGCAUUCUAGCGGAUUGGAGCCGAGUCCUGGUGCACCGAGAAGAGUCGGUUCCGGUAGUAGAGUUCCGAUGCACGAAAGAUCGCACAGCGAUACUCCUUCGAGUUUACCACCCCCCGUCGAUCUCAGUGCCGAGAGUAGCAGUGUCACAAGUCUGAGUAAUCUUCAACCGUUACGGAAAACGUUAACGAGCGGUUCAGUGACGAGCAGUGAUAGCGGUCACAGUACUCAACUGGACAGCCAUAGUGGAAGCAGCGUAGAAGCAGGUGGGAGUCCACCACCACCACAAAGACGGCAUUCCGCCAUGCAAGGUUCCGGUUUGGCCGGAGUCGUCCAGGGCCCACCAAGUGCAGGGACAACGACCAUUAUGACAAACCUAACAUCAUCCAUGACGGGGGGGAUGACUUCGUCUAAUGCAUCAUCUAUGAGAGCCGCCAUUGGCCUGGGUGGCAUGGGGGGUGGUAGUCAAUGCCGGCAACCACCUGCAUACAAAGUUGCAGCACAGAUGGCAAGAUUACACAGGCUUGGUCGUGCUCACAGCCACGAAGGAGUCACAUAUAGGACCGAUCACGAAGAUGAUGACGAUGAUGCCCAAGUGUCGGCGGUAUAAACAUGAAUCGACGAAGCAAACCGAGCAACGUGACCCGGCCAAGUGGUCCCAUAGUUAAUUUUCCUUAAAUGCAGAUUUCGUUUAUUCCUGCCGGUGAUCGAUAAAUUGAUCCAAUGAUGAUGACAUCGAUGUCGUCGUCGUCAUCGUCGUCAUAAUUAAACCGACCGAACCUGGAAGGGGGAAGGGGGUGGAUCACAACCCGAUCUCGGCGAACGAUAUUUAUGAAUGCAAUUCUUCGUAAAACAUUUCAAUCCUUUGUCUCGCAGAUCCUUCCAUCGAUCCUUCGUUCGUUCGUUCGUUUUUUUUUCGACAAAAAACGAAAGAUGCCGAUGACGAUGAGAUUGGUGAGGAUGAUUGAUAAUCAAGUUCGAAGAUACAACGAGCAACGCGAGAUAAUGAUGAUAAUCAUGAUGAUGAUGAUGUGUACGAAACGGAUACUAAAUCGAGAAUCUCAAGAUGCGUAGUGGUAUACUUCCUCUUUCUCGUUUUGUUAUAAUUUUUUUUUUUAUUUUUAUUUUUUUAAGCUUACCAUAUUGAUCGAAUGAUAGAGAAAGAGAAAGGUUUUAAAGAAAGAAAACAAAAUGGAAACGAAUAAA